AUGGCAGCAGCCACUGUCAGAGUACCCCACCAACCAGACUCCAUCACGAAGCAAGAAGCCCGUUCAACGGCGUAUCUAGAAUCACGACUCGCCGCCAGGGCUACUGCAACCGAUGAAGGCUUCGUCAUCCCAGUCGUAGAUAUCUCGCCCACCUUGUCUUCGUCUCUGGCGGAUCGACAAGCAGUAGCCGCCCAAAUCCGCACCGCUUGCACCACAUCCGGCUUCUUCUAUGUCACCGGCCAUGGCAUUCCCGCCACUACUCUCUCGUCCAUCUUGCACCAAGCCAAGCGCUUCUUCAGCGAACUAAGCAAGGAGCAAAAGGAGACACUGCAUAUCAAGCGUAGUAAGUACGGCUAUGGCUGGGAGCCGAGCGAGUACACGUCGAUAGCGGGCGAUGUGGAGACGAAAGAAGGGUUUAACUUUGGUUAUGAGGGGGCAUUGGAUAGGAGCGGUGGGGAUGGGAAGUAUAGAAAUCUGGAUGGGAGUGUUGGGAACGCGAAUAUGUGGCCCGCAGAGGAGGAUUUGCCGGGGUUUUAUACAAGUGUGAAGGAGUAUUAUGGCGCUGUACUGGACCUAGCACGCCAUCUUUUCCGCCUUUUCGCCUUAUCCCUCGACCUCCCAGAAGAUUACUUCGACCGCUUGACCACGCACCCCGGAGGCAUCGCGCGCCUCCUCUUCUACCCUCCCUCAAAGACUCCCUCACCCACUGCCUCCUUGUCCGCUGAAGAGCAAAUCGGCCUUGGCGCGCACUCAGAUUACGAAUGCUUCACCCUCCUUCUCUCCUCCAGCAUACCUGGUCUCGAAAUCCUGAAGCCCUCAGGGAACUGGCAUCGCGUCUCCUACGUUUCCGGGUCCUUUAUCGUCAACGUAGCCGACUUCCUCAUGCGCUGGACGAAUGGCGUGUACAAGUCUACCGUGCAUCGGGUGGUCAAUAAGACGAGUGAGGCGAGAUACAGUGUACCCUUUUUCUUUAGUGUUAAUUACGAUGCCGUGGUGGAGACUCUGCCAACGUGUUUGGCGGACGGGGAGAAGAGUAGGUAUCCGCCAAUAAGGGCGGGUGAGUAUAUACUUGAAAGGCUGAAUGCUACGACGAAGGACGGAAAGGGGUAUUUUGGGAAUGAGGUGGUUUUUCCGGAGGACAGGAAGGAACAAGAAAGCACUGUAGGAACAUAG